AUGGAUGACCAAGGAUUGGAAGAGAACCAAUCUGUGAAUCUAGAAAAGUAUCCUUCUGGGAUUGUACCCACCAUUAUAAAUAUUGUGUCAACUGUCAAUUUGGACUGUAAGUUGGACCUUAAAUCCAUUAAGCUUCAAGCUCCUACUGCAGAGUACAAUCCCCAGCGUCAUCCUUCUGUGAGUAUGAGGAUCAGGGCACCAGAAUCAAAAGCACAAAUCAGUUCUUCUGGGAUGAUGGUCUGUACUGGAGCUAGGAGUGAGAGCCAGUCAAAAUUGGCGGCAAGUAAGUAUGUAGCAAUUAUUCGGAAGAUGGGCUUCCCGGCUAAAUUUAAGGAUUUUAAGAUUCAGGAAAUUGUUGGAUCAUGUGAUGUCAAGUUCCCCAUAUGGCUUGAGCGUCUUGCUAAUUCCCAUGUCUCUUGCACUAGUUAUAACCCAGAGAACCAAGUCGAGAAAUGA